AUGGAUCCCGAAAGAGAGAGUCUGCUCUCAUACCACGAGACGCAGCGUGAAAGAACACAACAGCUGCUUUCGCACGAGAUCACAGCGAGUGCGCAAGCUAAUGAGGAUUACCCUGUUGAUCAUGGCAAAGUGGCGUGGAUGCAGGUUCUUGGUGGAUUCAUUCUGUUCGCGAACAGUUGGGGCUUACCCAAUGCCUUUGGCGUCUUCCAAACAUACUACGUCGACACCUUGAUGCCAGAGCAGGACGCGUCGCGAAUUGCCUGGAUCGGAUCGAUUCAGCUUUUCUUCACUACUAUCGGUUGUUUGCCUGGUGGCAUGCUGCUUGAUCGGGGAUACCUCAAAAGUAUCAUUGUUGUUGGCACGGGCCUCGAGCUACUGGGUUUGAUCCUGACUUCUUUCUUCAAGAGCUAUUGGGCCAUCUUCUUCGCUCAGGGAGUGUGCAUGGGCAUUGGCAGCGGUUUGAUGGCGAUCGUGCCUGUCGCUGUGCUAGCCAUGUUCUUCGAGAAGAAACGCAUGCUGGCUACUGGUCUUGCAUCGACUGGUGCUAGUGUUGCUGGUAUUGCUUACACACUCUCCUUACGCUCGCUCUUCCUCAGCGUCGGGUUCGCAUGGGCUGUUCGCAUCUUUGCGCUCAUCAUAUUGGUGACCAACGCCGUCGCUUUUGUGGUGAUGCGCUUGCAGCUUCAGUACGGAUCCAAGGGCUCCAGCUUCGGCUUUCACCACUUCAAGGAUUUGUCAUACACGAUCUUCGUCGUCGCGUUCACGCUGUUCGUCGCGUCCUCGUUUGUGCCGUUCUUCUUCAUUCAGGAGUACGCUAUCAAGCUCGGUGUGUCGAAGGAUAUGGCAUUCAACCUGUUGUCGAUCAUGAACGCAGCCAAUAUUUUCGGGCGUUUUGUUCCAAACUUCAUCGCCGACAGGUACGGCGGUGUCAACACCCUGCUUCCUCUCACCGUCGCAUGCAUCAUCACCCUCUGUAUGCUACCCCUCGCUCAGGAAUUGAACGGUCUCAUCGCUAUCAGCAUCGUGUACGGCUUUCUUUCUGGCGGCGUGAUCAUUCUUCCUGGUCCCACAAUUACGAAUCUCUCUCCCAACAAGGCCUCAAUUGGCGUACGUCUCGGAUUGGCGUAUCUUGUUGCUGCUUUCGGCGGGCUGCUCGGUAACCCUGCCAUGGGCGCACUCAAGGGCGAGGGAAAUGGUGCGGUAGAGAACUUCAAGGGUGUAUGGUUCUGCGCGGCAGGCGCAAUGGGUGUGGGUGCCGUAGCUCUUAUCGCCACACGAUGGCUCAAGUUGGGUAGCAUGUUGGCUGCAGGCAGAUACCCUAGUCAUAGAUUGGGUGCAUCCCGGCAAGCGAAAAUGCUACUCUUUGCCUCCACCACCUCGUUCCUCUCAAUCCUCUCCACUCUCCCCAUCACACACGCCGCGUUCUACUACCCCACACCCACACGCUCCUUCCUCGAACAUAUCCUCGUCGACAACUGGGGCGCCUACGCUUCCAAUUUCUCCUCCGCAAUCACCCCUUGCACGAAUUAUGUUUCGCAGACCGGUACUACAGGGCGCAAUAGUGGUCGCACCACCGCUGCCCAAUGGAUGCGCGUCAUGUUCCACGACUUUAUUACCGCGAAUGUAACUGCGGGCACGGGAGGUAUUGAUGCUAGUAUUGGGUUCGAGACGGCGAGGGAAGAGAAUAAGGGGAUGGCCGAUCUUGUUGCGCUCGGCACGGUCAUGUCGAAUAAUCUAUGCGGAGGCGCGCAGAUGCCGUUCCGACCUGGUCGCAUUGAUGCAACAGAAGCUGGAAAGACGACAGGCGUUCCAGCACCAGAGACGGAUCUCGAAGAGACUCUGCUGUUCUUCGAGCGCGCGGGGUUCGACAAAGUGGAUGCUAUUGGGCUCACGGCUUGCGGACACACUCUGGGCAGCGUACACCACGGCGGCUUCCCGGAGGCUGUAGACGAGAGCUUCGUCACGCCCAAUAACACGAAUGGCGGUAGUAACUUCGACACUACACGCGGCGUCUUCGAUCCAAAUGUUCUCGGCGAAUACUUGAACGGCACGGGGAACAAAGGAGGACCGCUAGUUAUGUCGUAUAACGACACGAUGAACUCCGAUAAACGGCUUUACGAGAGCGAUAAGAAUGCGACGAUGCAGGCUCUCUUCGCGCAAGGAACAGGCUUUCUUGCUACGUGUGCCGAGCUCAUGGGCCGAGCCAUCAACACCGUACCUACUGGUGUUCAGCUCUCCGAGCCAAUCACUGUCAUGCCGGUCAAGCCUGUAAAUGCCACGUACGACUUGGGCGAAGAUGGGGAGUUGACGCUUUCGGGCAAGAUUAGAAUCCUCACACCGGCAGGCAGCUCAUCCCCGCGAUCACUAACUCUUCGCGUGAGCGACAACGAGACAGAACUUAAACCAGAAGCCGAGACGGGAAGCUCAGUUUUUGGUCGCAGUGGUGGUAGAUACGGAACUACGACUUACUUCCCCUUCUCGCUUUCUGGACCCGCCAUCCAAAAUGCUACGUCUUUCUCCGUCCAGGUACCCAAGGUACGGGAACAGACUUUUCGGAUCGAUAGCCAGGCAUUCGUCGUUCCAAGCCUGACAGACCUGAGCGGCACAGCACUCAACACGACAAUUGCCCUAUGCACCAGGUUUAGGUCGUGUGAAGACCUUUCCGUUCGCAUAUCCGCACCACAAACACAGCAUGGAACGCUGGCGCCGAAAAUGAAUGGAAUGGAUAUGGUAGUGAGCAAGGCGAUGGAGGAAAAGAGGGCAUGUACACUUUGCCGGGGGCAGGCUGUUCUGCAAGAUGUCCCGACUGGGCUGGUCACUAUCGAAGCCUUGUUGGACGGCAAAGUCGUAGAUACACUCCUAGUCAAUGGAGGGCAGGCCGGGUGGUAA